ACUUCAGGGUGGAAUUUUUGGGAGAUUUUCUCCCUCUCCUAAAAUAGUUAAUUUUAUCUCAUUUUCCCGUGAUUUUCCUUUUUAUUUAUCAUUGUAAUAUCUGCACGUGCUCUUCUUGAAUGCAUUUUAUCAGUAGAAGUCACGUCGUAGUUGGAAUUUAUAGAAAUAUCGCAUUGCAAAGAAAUCUGUGCAAUAGUCAAUGGAAUAGUGUGUUGGUGACCCGGAGGACAAUUUCUGUUGAAAAAACCAUGGCAAAUACCGCGGAAACGUGCCCAUCGAGGAAAGAGGCGGUGAUUGCCAGAUACGACAACAUCGUGAAGUCACCGGAGGACAAUAGGAGCUAUCGAGGUCUGCUGCUGUCCAAUGACAUGAAGGUGCUGCUCGUGAGUGACCCCACAACCGAGCGAUCAGCCGCCGCGAUGGCUGUUGACGUGGGCCACCUCAGUGAUCCGGACCACAUUCCCGGUCUGGCGCACUUCCUGGAGCACAUGCUCUUCCUGGGCACGGAGAAGUAUCCCAAUGAGAAUGACUACUCUACAUACUUGGCGGAGAACGGGGGCAAUUCCAAUGCCUCCACAUACGCGGACAUCACGAAGUUCUACUUUGACAUCGUGCCGGACAAGCUGGAGGGCGCUCUGGACAGAUUCGCGCAGUUCUUCAUCGCCCCACUGUACACGGAGAGUGCCACGGACAGGGAGAUCAAUGCUGUGCACUCGGAGCACGAGAAGAAUGUGCCAAUGGACUCGUGGCGCGUGCGGCAGGUGAACAAAUCCCUGUCCAAUCCACAGCAUCCGUACAGCAAGUUUGGCACGGGCAACAAGAAGACACUGGACGAGGAUUGCAAGCUCAAAGGCAUCAACAUCAGGGAUGAGCUGCUGAAGUUCCAGGACAAGUGGUAUUCGGCCAAUAUCAUGUCACUGGCGGUGUUUGGUAAGGAGAGUCUGGAUGAGCUGGAGGAGAUGGUGACGUCCAAGUUCGCCCAGGUGGUGAACAAGGACGUCACGGCUCCUACGUGGGACGAAUCGCCGUACACGGACAACGAGACUGGCGUGCGAGUGAAUGUUGUGCCGGUGAAGGACACGCGCUCGCUGACAAUCACAUUUCCCUGUCCGGAUCUCGAGGGACUGUACAAAUCCAGCCCGGACAAGUACAUCACGCAUCUAUUGGGCCACGAGGGCAAGGGGAGUCUGCUGUCGGAACUGAAGAAUAAGGGAUAUUGCAACAACUUGAUGGCUGGCUAUACUUUGGCCGCCCGUGGAUUUGGCUUCUUUGACGUCGUGGUGGAUCUGACGCAGGACGGCUUUGAGAAUGUAAACGAGGUGAUUCAGCACACCUUCCAGUACAUUCAGAUGGUGAAGCGAGGAGGACCAGUUCGGAGGAUCUUCGACGAGUACCGCCACAUCCUCGAGAUGCAAUUCCGCUUCAAGGACAAGGAGGGGCCUUUGUCGCUCGUCUCCAGCGUCGUGCAUUCCAUUAGAAUUCUGCCGUUUGAGGAUGUCCUCUCGGCCGGAUACUUCGUGACCGAUUGGCGGCCAGAUCUUAUUGAGGACAUCCUGAAGUACCUGGAGCCGCAGAAGAUGCGCGCUGUGGUGGUGGGAAAGAAGCUGGAGGCGAAGUGUGACAGAACGGAGUUUUGGUAUGGCACAAAGUUCUCCGUGGAGAAUUUCAGUGGGGAGACAUUGAAGGAGUGGAGUGAGUGUGAAGUGAAUUCGCAAUUGUAUUUGCCCGAGGAGAAUCUCUUCAUUCCCACGCAGUUUGAUUUGACAGAGCUGGAGGAGGAUGUGUCGGACUUUCCCACCAUAAUCUAUGACACGACACAGAUGCGCGUGUGGCACAAGCAAGAUGCGGAAUUCAGGAAGCCAAAGGCUCUCAUGAAUUUUGACUUCUCCAGUCCACUUGUGUACUCAGAUCCCCUCAAUUGCAAUCUCACGCAUCUCUUUGUGAUGCUCUUCAGGGAUCAUCUCACUGAAUAUCUGUACAAUGCCGAGUUGGCAGGAUUGCGACUCAAUGUGGGCAACACACUCAAUGAGAUCAGUAUAAGCGUAAGUGGGUUCAAUGAGAAGCAGAAGCUCUUCCUCGAUCAUGUCCUCAAUGCGCUGUACAAUUUUGAAGUGGAUCCGAAGAGAUUUGACAUCUUCAAGGAGAAGUACACCAGGACUUUGAAAAACUUCGAAGCAGAACAGCCAUAUCAACAUGCUGUCUACUAUCUGGGCGUGUUGUUGACGGAGUUCGCGUGGACGAAGAAGGAGCUUCUCGAGGCCACGAAAGCCGCCACGCCUGAGACUCUGCGUCAGUUUAUCCGAGAUUUUCUGUCACGCGUUCACGUGGAGUGUCUGAUUUAUGGGAAUGUGACGAAGAGGGAUGCAAUGGCGUUGGCAUCAAUUGUGGAGGAGCGCCUGAAGAAGGAGGAUUCGGCAACACUGCCACUGCUGGCCAGGCAACUCUUCCCCAAGCGCGAGUACAAGCUGGGCGAGGGUCGGAGCUUUCACUUCCGCAAGCACAAUCAAUUCCACAUGGCUUCCUGCACACUGUUCUACAUUCAGUGUGGCGUACAGAGUGAUGAGAAUAACAUCUUCACGGAUCUCGUGGUGCAGAUUCUGUCGGAGCCGUGCAAUAAUGUGUUGCGCACGAAGGAGCAGCUGGGCUACAUUGUGUUCUGCAGCGCACGGAAGAUCAAUGGGGUGCAGGGUGUGCGCAUGCUGGUGCAGUCGUCGCAGCCGACGGCGUACGUGGAGGAGCGCAUGGAGCUGUUCCUGGACUCGAUGGUGGAGCACAUUGAGAGCAUGACAGAUGAGGAGUUUCAGAGGCACAAGGAUUCCCUGGCGGCCAUCAAGUUGGAGAAGCCGCGACAGCUUAUGUCGUGGUUCAGCAAGUAUUGGACGGAGAUUGGUCUGCAGCAGUAUCACUUCACGCGCGGACACGCUGAGGUGGCGGUGCUCAAGGGGGUGACGAAGGACGCUCUCUUGGCGUACUACAAGAACUUCAUUCUGCGAUCGUCUGGCACACGUCAGAAGCUGGCCAUUCACAUUGUCUCGGCACAAGCGGAGCCCGAGAGUGUGGCGACAACAGUGAAGCUGCCGGAGAGCGUGGAAUUGGUCACGGAUUUGUCCGCGUUCAAGUCCAGUAAGGAGCUGUAUCCGGUGGUGCAGCCGUAUAUUGACAUCCGGCGGAAGGGGGCGCGAAGUAAGUUGUAGGACAAUGCUUGAUUGACUUUGAUGGAUGCUAUUAAUAAUUUAUUUUCCCAAAGUUGUGUUCUUUCACUGCUGCAUUUGAAGUUUUUCAGCAUUCUCUUGCAUUGGGUGUUUUCGGAGCGCUAUUAAGGGUGGUUUUUACUUCCUAUUGAAGGAUCAAGUUGAAGUAAACAGAACAAAAGAUUGAGGAAAUACAGCAGCAUUUGU